GCUCACUUCCCUUUUAUUUUCGAAAUUUCAAUCAUGAACAAUAAUGAGCUGCAGCUUUUAGAGGCUGUUGAGCUGCGGUUAGCAGUGGCAGAGACAGAUGCACAACUGGAGAAGAAUGUUGGAAACUUUCUUGUUCCUGUGUUGCUCAAGAUGAGCAGCACAAGUGACGUUGUGCGAAAGAAGGUCACCGUUGUACUGGCUCACAUCAACAAGCGAGUCAAACCGAAUACCCAAAUCAAACUUCCCUUUGAGGCAUUGCUCAAUCAAUUCAACGACCCCAAUGUUGGCGUAUUCGUCAAAAACUUCACCAUCAUUUAUUUGGAAAUGGCUUAUAGCCGUUUGCCAGCAGACGAAGCGGCAACAUUCAUCCCCAAACUUUUACCGGGAAUAGCAGCUCGUCCUGUACCGCAACGGAUGACAGUUUUACAUAUGGUGCUGCCUGUUUUGAACAAGUUCAAGAUGGCACCUGCAGAUUACCGAGUUGCUCGAACAGAGUUGUUCAAAUUCGAACAGAACCAAGCAGAUCUCAAGAUUAUUUUAGCGUUUUUCUUGGAUGUCAUGCUUUACAAUCCACCGACUGUUAAUGAUCAAAGACGAGCAGCUAUGGAAGCGCGAGCUGCGAGGGAUGCUGCGAGAGGUGACCAAUUACAAUCUGAAUCACCAGCUGAACUUCGGCAGCGAAGAGCUCAAGAACUUGCUUCUCUGCAUAGCGGAACUGCACCAACUGAAAACACACCAGUUUCCGUCAUUCCAGAUGGCUUAAGUCCGCAUGCCGUAUCCGAAGUUACUAGGGAUGGAAAGGUCACUUGGACUUCGUCCAGAUUAUCAGAUGCAAAGCUUGGAAUAUUAAAGUUCCUCAUGACUGAUACAUUUGUCGAUAGAGAACGCUUGAAUCAUUUCAUUGUUGGAGCUUGUGAUCCAAAUGAUGGAGUCGUUAUGUCAAGCGAAGAUGGAUUGCGUCGCUGGGUGGCUAAUGUCGACUAUGAAAACACUCAAACCGUCGCUGGCCUUUACACACUGUACCUGGGCUCCAAGGCCCCAAAUGCAAACGCUGUCAAGUUUGCAAGGAAGCCUGGAACGAAAGCCAUCAAACUUAGAGUGGUACAAUAUUUGACUCGAUCUGUUUUGGCCACCAACAUGGCUGCACAAGUUGUCAUGGUCCUUUUCGAUGGAUUAUACGGUGAAAAUACAUCCAGUAAACUUCAACAAUCGGCCAUGACAUUCAUCCAAUGGGUGGCACGCAUGGCUGAUUCUACAAAACUGGCACCUACUGCACCCGUCAUCAUAUCUGGGCUGCUGAAAUGUAUUGAAACUACCAAAGGCGCUCGUGGACAUGAAGCGGAGGCAGUGAGAGGCUAUGCUUAUGUUGCAUGCGGAUUAGUGGCAAAGAAAGUGCCUAGUGUUGCCCGAAAUGAUGCAUCCGUUUUGGAGACAUUUUUCAAAAACCUCGAAGAGGAACCCAAAAACGUUUGUGUCUAUAUUCAAGACGCUAUGUCAUCCAUGAUUGAUGUCUACAAGAGCGAUGAAACCCCCGCCGAUGUCAGAUCGAAGAUUGACGAGCUAGUACUAUCCAGCGUUGAAAAGCAUAACGUUAGCAGCAUUUAUAUUGCACUCAAGUUUGCAAAUGCCAUCUAUCCAUUUUCAUCUGUGUUUGCCAGAUACAUUUGCUUGUUGGGAGUAUCGGCUACGGUUGGAAAACUUGAAGUCCGAGAUGAAGCGUCAAAGGGCCUCCGACCAUUCAUACAUCACGAUAAUGAAUUUACUCAAACCCCAACUUCCUAUCCAGCAUCCGUUUUCCCGGACUUUGUGCAGAUGAUCGAGUAUAUUCACAGUCAUCGCCCUAACGAGAACUAUGGCUAUUACUCCAAGACCCCAGUCGUACAUGGUUAUCCAGUCGAAGUUUACACUGAAAUUCUAAAAUUCUUAAGGACUAUACUAGUUGUUGAAGCAAAUGGGGACAACCUUGUCAUCGACGAUACCAUUGAAGAGAAGGCUGAUGAUGGAAUGACGGAAAGUCCUGUCGUUCGCAGCAAUUUCGCGGCUUUAGUUCACGAUUGGUGGAAUCAAGGCAACGAUAGCCCCAAGAAACAAGCCCUGGAGAAAUAUUUACUUUUGAUAAAAAACGGACUCGAUCAAAAGGUUCAAGAUGCAUUAUUACAUGCCAAAGCGUCAACCUGUCUGCUUGAAAUGAUCUCCCUUGGACCUUCAAGUGUAUCCAAAUCGUUUUCAGAAAACAUGGAUUUCUUCAAGGAAUUCCUUGCCUCUCCCAAGGUUGAAACAAGAGCAGCUUUUGCUCAUAUCUUUGGAAUCAUUGGCAGUGAAGAAGAUGUCUCCGACUCCACUAUUCAAAGCAAUUUGCAAGAGCUGACUGAGAUUGCGGAAAAGCCAAUAACGAGUACUACAUCUCAAGAAGGGCUCAACAGAAAGCACGGCUCAAUCCUAUGUGUGGGAUACCUCCUUUCUCGAUGCCUAUACAGAGGGCGCAAAGUCGAUCAUGACAUUAUGAAGAAGUCCGUGGCUGCAAUUGUUAGUCAACUUCAUCUCCAGCAAAAUGUCUCCAAUGUUGUCUUUAUUAUUGCUGCAGAACAGGCUCUACAAGAAAUUGCGCGUUUCACUGAACUUCCGUUCCCUAGAGGCACAGCCCAGGAUGAUGAAGAUGGAAAGACCGUAUCUACUCCUAAAGAAGAUCACGCCAUGGAGGUCGAUCAACCAGAUAUCUCACAACGUAAAGUUAUUCACAAGUUUGCAAGCAUUGUCAAAUCAUCCCAAGAGAACAAACUACAAGAGAGAGCACUUCUGGCACUUGGAAAUAUUGGCAUGUCUUUGGUUGACGGAGGAGACCUCUUAGAUUUUGUGAUGAAAGUUGUAUACGACUCGGCCGAUUCAAAACAAGUAGAGCUUGCAUUUGCUGCUGGUGAAGCCUUUUCUUACAUUGUGAGUGGCUGGAAUUCAGAAGCUAUGAUCAAGUUCAAGGAUAUCAGCGACGUUUCGGACCCGGUAAUAUGGGACAAUGAGGAGAUCCAGCGUCGCAAAAUCAUCCUGGAGCAACUCUUUGACACUAUUUUCACAAAAUACAUCACUAGUCCAAAAGCUUGGUAUCGUAAAGCUGCAUGUACCUGGAUAUUAUGUGUGGUCAAGUUUUGCAAGGCCAAUGAGCUUGUCAGGAGUUACUUCCCACGUAUUCACACAGCUCUGUCAGGUCUACUGGCUGAUCGCGAUGACUUUACACAGGAACUUGCGUCAAACUGUCUGGGUCUUAUUUACGAGAGUGGUGACAAGGAAAUGAAGGAAGACUUGCUUAGAUCUCUAGUUGGAACGUUUACUGAAGGACGUACAAUCCAGGCUCAGUCAUUGACAGGGGAUACAGUGCUUUUUGAAAAUGGUGCUGUUGGCAAUGCCCCAGACGGCUCAAGUAUUUCCACCUAUAAGGAAUUGUGCUCUUUGGCAUCUGAUUUAAAUCAGCCAGACUUGGUUUACAAGUUCAUGAACCUCGCCAACCACAAUGUCAUGUGGGCAUCGCGAAGAGGAGCUGCUUUCGGAUUCCAGUCUCUCAUGGCGCAUGCAGAGAAAGAGCUUGAACCCUAUCUGUCCAAACUCAUUCCUCGACUUUACCGCUACCAAUUCGAUCCAAACCCGAAAGUAAAUGAAACGAUGAAGCAAAUUUGGAAAACCUUGGUGAAAGAUCCAAAGAAAAGUGUCGACCAAUAUUACGAUCAGAUUAUGGAUGAUUUAAUUGAUGGUUUGGGCAAUCGCUUGUGGCGAGUUCGUGAAGGCAGCUGUAGAGCUGUAACGGAUAUCUUGCAAGGCCGACAUCUAUAUCAACUAGAGCCUUAUUUAGAGGUACUGUGGAAGAUGUGUUUCAGAGCUCUUGAUGAUGUGAAAGAGUCCGUUCGUCAAGCAGCGUUAGCAACAUGCAAGAACCUCAGUCGACUCACAGUGAGAUAUUGUGAUCCGGCAGUAGUCUCCCAACAAGACGGUGCAAAGGUUAUGAACAUUGUCAUCCCAUACUUGCUUGAGCAGGGUAUUGUUUCCAAUGCUGCCGACAUCCAAAAGUUCACACUGAACACACUUCUGCAAGUCUGCAAGACUGGUGCUAUUCUCUUGCGGCCCCAUGUUCCUGCUAUUGUUGACACUUUGCUACAAUCAUUAUCAUCUCUCGAACCCCAAGAGCUCAACUACCUCAGCUUCCACACUGAAAGCUAUAACAUCUCUCAAGACCAGCUCGAUAGCGCCCGCUUGAUGGGAACUAAGAACUCGCCUAUGAUGGAAGGUAUCGAGCAGUGCAUCAAGCAAAUUGAUGAAGAAGUCAUGCGUGAGCUAUCUCCGCGAGUUUUACAUAUCAUCCGUACAGGCACAGGCCUUCCCACAAAGGCUGGAUGCGCACGUUUCAUUGUGUCCAUGUGUAUGACCAGGAAAUCCGCUUUCGAGCCCGUUGCAGACAACUUCCUAAAGGCACUAUCAGGUGCUGUCCAGGAUAAAAAUGCCACUAUUCGAAAGUCUUGGGCUACUGCUGUCGGUUAUGUGUGCCAACUUUCCAGCCAGCAGAAGACCAUUGCAUUCUUGAAGCAUAUUCAAAAGAUUUAUGUUGAAGAAGACGAUGACGAUGCUCGAAUUGUUAGUGCCAUCACCCUUGGAGAAAUGUGCAAGUUCGCUCCAGAUAGAAUGAAAUCUAUUGCCUCCGAAGUUGUCCCUGUUAUCUUCUUCGGUGAACACGACACCGACAAGGCUACAGCUGAAUGCUGGAAGACAGCCUGGGAAAGUCUUACAUCAGGCACGAGAAGCAUGGUUACGCUAUACAUGGAUGAAAUUAUCGAGUUCCUGCAUCCUCAUCUCAACUCACCAUACUGGAGAAUGAAGCAGACAGCUGCACUGACAAUUGCCGAUCUCUGCAAAACAUCGGGCAAAGCGCUUGGAGCCCACGUCAACAAAGUCAUGCCAAUUAUGGUGUCGACUCUCAAUACUCGCUACUGGGCUGGCAAGGAAACCGUGCUAGAUGCAUUUGUGCAACUCUGCCUUUCAUCUCCUGCUUGGUUUGACGGCAAUACCAGCCCAUCCUUGGAUGAGGCAUACCAGAUCAUGAAACGAGAGAGUAAACGUAACAAUCGAUCGUACAAACGAAAUGCACUCAGUUCCUUAACGCUCUUCUUGGACAAAUUCAAUGACCGCCUGGAUGUCUACGACGAUGCCUUUGGCUAUUUGGAACCUCUAUGCAAUCUCGACAUAGAAGAAGAAGAACUUGAUGAGGAGAAUGAUCGACCAUUACUUCUUUUGAUCAAAGCCAAUGCGUUUAAAGCUCUUCUUGCUGCCUUCCGUCCUGAUAUCUUUAAAGAUCAACAGAACGAGAUUCUGCCGCUAAUUACUAUGUUGACGUCUGGUAUUGACAAUCUCGUAUGGAACGUGCAACUAGCCGUUCUAGACAGCCUGCACACACUUGUCCAAAGAAUACCCAAGCAGUGUUGGACAGGCGAUAUGGCUGACACAAUCAUAGAAUCGUGUUGGAUUAGUUUAUUUAAUAUGAAAUAUUCGGCCAUUCGUACGUCAGCUAUGAAAGUCCUGAAGGAAACAAUUAACGGCUUGAAAGAAACUGGCAUCGUAGAAGGUGAUCGAAAAGCAGCGUUUAUGCAGAAGGCAGACUCGUACAUGGUUCGGGAAGUCAAUAAUGCUCUUAAAGAUGAUAUGAAGGAUGUUAAGCAGGAUGUAGCUUCUAUGUAAAUUGCCUGGUCUCUGCCCUUAAUCUAGGACUAAGUCACGUGCUAACUGCCGGGGUGGUUUUGUUGGGCUACGAAAAAUAAAAAAAAAAUAAAAAGUCCGUCUAUUUGUACGA